GAAAUAUGGGUCUCUUUCUGCAAUUUCUCCUCACACUGAAAGACGUGAAAUUUCAUGGCUGCAAAUUUGAAACCCAGAGCAGCAUCUUCAGACUAAAAGACAUGGUUUUCUUGAGCUGGGCUCCCCCAACUCCUAAGGAACAAAAGGCUUGCAUUGACAGGUCAGGUGGCUUUAACUAUGAAGCUAAGUUCAGGGGAGCUACUGCUAAGUCCUUAUCUUCCCUGCAAGAAGAUAAGGGCCUCUCAGAAAAUGGUUUCUUAUGCAACCAUGCCCGUGUUUUGGUCGGUUCGGGUUUGGAGACUUAUGAGAAGGGCAAGAGGGCUCUUCAGGAUUGGAGGCAUUUUGGAUUGAAUUGGGCGUUUGUUGAUCCGAAGACGCCGGUUCAAAAUGGAGUGAAGUUUUGUGUUUGUGUCAAGGAGUUUCUGCCAUGGGUCAUGAUGCCUCUUCAGAUAGUGUAUGUGAAUGAGAAUAGAAGUAGUAAAGAGUCCAUGGCGUCUUUUCGUUUUGGGGGUGGUACUCUUCAAGGUCACUUGCUGGCUGGGGAGGAACGUUUCUCAAUUGAACUGGAUGAGUACAACCAAGUGUGGUAUGAGAUACUUUCCUUCUCAAAACCAGCUCACCUAUUGUCAUUUGUUGGGUACCCAUAUGUAAUGCUCAGGCAAAGGUAUUUUGCUCAUCAUUCUACUAAUGCAAUCAAGAAACAUUUGAAAGCCUUGUAAUCCUAGUUCAUAUAAUCCUACUUCUAUAACAUCUUUAUCUUUA